CCGCGGCCCCCGUCGUCACCAUCGGCCCUGCUGUCCCGCCGCUUGGCGUGACUACCCGUGCCAGAGGAGGAGUACUUCGGCCGAGCACGCGCUACCCUUCCGACGAGUAUGUGUGCGCCACCUCGACGUCGACGCCAUCACCCAUCCCCACCUCCUCUCGCGCUGCCCUUCGGGAUCCCCAUUGGCUAGCUGCGAUGCAGGAGGAAUUCGACGCCCUACAGUGCAACCGCACAUGGAAGCUUGUUCCGCGACCCCCUCGUGCCAACAUCAUCUCUGGCAAGUGGGUGUUUCGCCACAAGACUCGUCCAGACGGUUCUCUCGAGCGCUACAAGGCUCGGUGGGUGGUUCAUGGUUUCCGGCAGCACACGGGCGUGGACUUCACCGACACCUUCGCCCCGGUUGUGAAACCGGGCAUGAUUCGCACCGUGCUCCAGCUGGCGGUCUCGCGCGCCUGGCCUGUGCACCAGUUGGAUGUCUCCAACGCCUUCUUGCACGGCUAUCUCACCGAGCAGGUGUUCUGUGAGCAGCCCACUGGUUUCAUCGUGCCGCGCACCCCGACUUCAUGCACUUGCUCUCCCGUUCUCUUUACGGGUUGAAGCAAGCGCCUCGGGCUUGGUACCAGCGUAUCGCAGCCUUCCUGCAGUCUCUGGGAUUUUGGUCCACUCGCUCUGAUGCUUCACUCUUCGUGUAUCAUCAGGGAGCUGACACUGCAUAUCUGCUGAUCUAUGUCGACGACAUCAUCCUCACGGCGUCCGCUCCCAAUCUCCUUCAGCGGCUGACUGCUCGUCUUCAUGAUGAGUUUGCCCUCAAGGACUUGGGGCCCCUGCACUACUUCCUCGGCAUCGAGGUGGUCCGACGGCCUGACGGCUUCUUUCUGCAUCAGCAGAAGUAUGCCCAUGAGCUCCUGGAGCAUGCCGGCAUGCUUAACUUCAAGCCGGCGCCCACCCCCGUCGACACGAAGGCGAAGGUCUCUGCUCUGGAGGGGUCUCUCGCGUCCGAUGCAGCGUUCUAUCGCUCCAUCGUCGGUGCUCUACAGUACCUGACGCUCACCCGACCCGACCUGCAGUACGCUGUCCAGCAGGUGUGCCUCCACAUGCACGCUCCGCGUGACUCUCACUGGACCUUGGUGAAGCAUAUUCUCCGUUAUGUACGCGGCACCAUGUCUUUGGGACUCACCCUGACAGCCUCCGCCUCCACCGACCUCGUGGCCUACUCAGAUGCCGACUGGGCUGGCUACCCCGACACUCGACGCUCUACGUCAGGCUACUGUGUCUACCUUGGGCCCUCGUUGAUCUCUUGGUCAUCGAAGCGGCAGCCCACGGUCUCCCGCUCCAGCGUUGAGGAAGAGUAUCGCGUCGUGGCUAAUGCCGUGGCUGAAUGCUCUUGGCUACGCCAGCUGCUUCAGGAGUUGCUUUGUGAUGUUCACAAGGCCACUCUUGUCUAUUGCGAUAACGUCAGCGCGGUCUACCUCUCCACCAACCCGAUGCACCAUCGACGUACGAAGCAUAUUGAGCUCGAUAUUCACUUCGUGCGCGAGCAGGUUGCCCUUGGCCGUGUUCGGGUUCUUCACGUGCCGAUGACGCAACAGUUUGCUGAUGUGAUGACUAAGGGAUUGCCUACUCCCGU